CCUCUACAGGGAUGUCAUGCAGGAGAACUAUGAGAUGAUGGUCUUGCUGGGGUAUCCAAUUUCCAAACCUGAUGUGAUCUCGCAGCUGGAACAAGGGGAAAAGCCAGGGGUCCCAGACCUCCAGGUCUCUGAGAGAGAAGUGCUCCAAAGAGCUGCCUGCACAGGUGAUGGGAUGGUGAGUGAGAAUGAGGAGGAGAAACCCCAGCAGGAAGAUGCUGAGCAAGUAGAACCACAUGGAAUGUUAUCAGGAAGAUCCAAAGGGAAUGUUUCAGGGAGUUGUGCACUCCCAGAAAAAGCAAAAGUCUGUGAGACUCAUCAAAGGCCAGAGGAAAACUUCAGUAGCCACUCAGACCUUAUUACACGUGACAGAAUCCACUUGCAAGAAAUAUGCUACAAAUGGCAGGAGUGUGGGAAAAGCUUCCAUCGGAGCUCAGACCUUGUCACACAUUGGAGAACCCACACUGGAGAGAAACCCUACAUGUGCUCUGAGUGCAGGAAAAGCUUUAGUCAGCGUUCAAACCUGAUCAGACAUCAGAGAACCCACACAGGAGAGACGCCCUACACAUGCUCUGAGUGUGGGAAAACUUUCAUUUGGAGCUCACACCUUAUCCAACAUAAGAGAAUCCACAGAGGAGAGAAGCCCUACAUAUGCUCUGAGUGCGGGAAAACCUUCAGUCGGAGCUCACGCCUUAUCCGACAUAUGAGAAUCCACACAGGAGAGACACCCUACAUGUGCUCUGAGUGUGGGAAAAGUUUCAAUCAGAGCUCAAGCCUUAUUACACAUCAGAAAAUCCACAUGAGAGAGAACUGUAAUAAAUGCCUUUACUAGGGCUGGCCAAAGAUUUUUGCACCAUCUUCACCAUGGUCUCUCAGCUCCACCAGAUGAGUUGCCUGCUUCUGCCUUUUGCAGCUCACCUUCUUUGGGGUCAGUCCUGUGAUCUUUUCUAUCAACUCCUUUCCUCUUGAAUCAUAGGAGCGUGUGUCCCUCCAGCCAGGAAUGUUCAUCUGCUCCAGGUGGGAGAGAGAGGUUUGAUUCCCAACAAGCUACACUGAGGCAAAAACUACUUGUGCCUUACAGCCACUGGGACUGUACAUGGCAUUGACUGCUUAAGUUGGUGAUCUUGGUGUAAAAAGACCAUUAUAGUUGUAGUGCAGAUGCAGCCCAGGUGCAGUGGUUGACAUUAACUUUCCCUUUGACCUGACCUAAACUCCAUCACUUUUCCUUGUCUAAACAAACCUUGAGCAUCACAGUUAUACUGUUUCCCCCAUUUCAAAGCAAUUGUUAGUCAUCAAUUGGCCCCUUGGGGAACAAAUUUUUUCAUUCCCAGUUGCUCUGAUGUUGCUUCAGUUUGUGCUGGAGAGCAGAUAUUUUUACUACUAUUUUCCUCACUUAAAAUAUAUUGAACUAUAAGAAAGAGCAGGAACAGGGCAGGGAUACGGAAAAAUGUCAUUUCACCCUCUGUAACAGCAGGGGAAGAUAGGGUAAGUCAGAGGGAUUCCCUUAUUCCCCAUCACCAUCCCAAUCCCCCUGUUCUUCAGUUGGUUUAGGUUAAUAUUUUUUUAAAGGGCUGGGAAGAGUAUUCCCUAGUAAAUGACUUGUAAUUGGUAAGCAAAAUACCCAUGCAUUGGGCUCCCAAAGCAGUUGUGGCCCAGGCCCUGCAGGAGGUCGCUCCUGAAGAUAUUUCCUUCCUAAUCAGCUGCAUGUUACCUAUUAUUUGGGAAAUGCAAUCCCUAUCUAGGUAGGGAUGGGAAAAAUGGAAGUGACAUUUCUGUUCAGCUCACUCCUGGGAGAUGCUGCAAAUGUGUAGGAAAUGAAAUCUGUGUUGAAUGUGGUAUAGCUGCAGAAAGAUUCCUAUUUUUAAUAGAUACCUGACAUUUGGUGUCUUACAGGGAUUCUAAGCAGCACCUGAAUUUAGUCCCUAAUUUAAAUCUGUGCCACCAGAUUAAAGAAAUAAAAGGGCAUAAUUGGGAGAGUUAUACCUCACUAUCGCUACUGAUAUGUUGUGUGGUUGGGAAGAAUUCUAUGCCAGAGAAGUGUAAAAUUUCUUCAAGUAAGGUCAAAGAUUUGACAAGAACUCAGCUAGAAAUUGCAGGAACUAGUGGUUGAUUUUCACCCCAGAGGUGGAAGCUAUGGUGACCUGUGGCCAAGGUAAACUAUUUUUAGAACCCUGCUCCCUUGUUAAGUGGCAUUGAUCAUGCUUCUAAAGGAUGCUAUGAUUCAACUGGGCACAACUGUCUUUUACCAUUUGGAUCCAAAGUUUCAUGAAGCACAGAGCGAAACAGCUGAUUCCUUCAGAGCCAUUCCAUGCCUAUGGGUCCCAAUGCCUUGUUGGACAAGAAGCAAUUCCAUUUUGGGCAAAUGUUGGUAGCCAAUGAGGGAAUGUAUCACAUUCCAAGUUCAGACUGCAGGAUACAAGAAUGCUAAGUCCAGAGUCUGUGGUUUGGUCUCUUAGAUUUGCUAUUAAGUCUAAUGCAUUUGUAUCACUUCUCCUCCUGCUACUACUUUGAAGGAUUAGGAAGUGUGAAAAUAGAACACAGGUGGUUUUUCUCAUGAUGCAGCCUUCCCACAUAGUGUGAGACCCCUUUCACCCAGACUUCUGGGAAAAGACCCAGGGAGAAAUGAAAUCACAGAAAAGGAAGGCUCCUAGGUUAUUGUAGAAUGUGACUUCACAUAAAGCUAACUGGGUGGAAAUGGGAAUUAGGAGAAAACUGCUGUCAUAAAUAUAAAGGGAAGGGUAACAACCUUCUUGUAUACAGUACUAUAAAAUCCUUCCUGGCCAGAGGCACAAAAUCCUUUUACCUGUAAAGGG